CACCUUCCACUCCUCCUCCUCCUCCUCCUCUCUCCCUCUUCACUCUCUCUCUUUCUCCCCUCUGCGGCUCUCUCUGCUGGCGCUGCAGUGAAUCUCUCCCCCGCUGUCACAAACCGUAAAGUCAGACAGCCGGUGGUCGGUAUCUGACCGUUAAAAGUCAUAAACCUCGUUGAGACGUCGUCUUUUUCUGGCCGUGUCGAUCCAUUAACGGAGCUUUUGAAUCACCCUCCCAGCAGCUAAAGACCCACUGACGGCAAAAUGGGAAAUGAAGCCAGUUACGCCCUGGACAUGUGCUCGCACUUUGAUGCUGAUGAGAUUAAGAGGCUAGGAAAGAGAUUUAAGAAACUCGACCUAGAUAACUCUGGUUCCCUGAGUGUGGAGGAGUUUAUGUCCUUACCAGAGCUGCAGCAGAAUCCCCUCGUGCAGCGAGUUAUCGACAUAUUCGACACCGAUGGGAACGGAGAAGUCGACUUUAAAGAAUUUAUCGAAGGAGUCUCCCAGUUCAGUGUCAAAGGUGACAAGGAGCAGAAGUUGCGCUUUGCCUUCAGGAUCUACGACAUGGACAAAGACGGCUACAUAUCCAACGGGGAGCUCUUCCAGGUCCUGAAGAUGAUGGUGGGCAACAACCUGAAGGACACCCAGCUUCAACAGAUCGUUGACAAAACCAUCAUCAACGCAGACAAAGAUGGUGAUGGCAGGAUAUCCUUCGAAGAGUUCUGUGCUGUCGUCGGUGGAUUAGACAUUCACAAAAAGAUGGUGGUGGACGUCUGAUAACUUUUUGUUUUCCCUCCAUUUACUGAAGACCUGCUUGAAGACGUCGUCCAGCAAAACGCUCUGUUUGUUUUCAACGGAAGUAUUUUCUCUGUGAAAAAUCCCCUCCUCACCCUUCCUCCCCCUCCUCCUCCGUCACCUCCUUCCCCCUCCCCUCACCUCACCUCCCCUCCCGAGCCUUCUGAAGCCAAACUUUUACCAAGUAUUAUUGAACAGGAGCUCUCAGUGACUCGGCGGCGUCGCACUUUGAAAGCUGACAGAAAGCUUUUGAGCGCAGAGCGACGGUUUCAGUUUGGUGGAGGAAAGCUGGAGUGUGUGUGUGUGUGUGUUUGAAUGUGUAUGUGUACUGUAUGUUUUACUGGUUUUUUCAAGGUAUGUGGGUUUUUUAUAUUUAUUUUGGUGUCAUUGUUUUUUUUUUUCCUUUUUUUGAGAAUCAAAUAAAGUCUAUCUUAAAGAAAGUAAACUUUAGUGGACGAGUGUAGUUAGCGGCGAUGUUACUUGAUUUCAGAACAACACAAACAGCAUGAAGUGCCAACGAGAAUUUAUUGACAUGCAGUUGAAUUACAGUUAAAAUCUGUGUCUUUAUUUUAGAGAUGUAACUGUAUUAUUGAAUGCAUUUAUCUUACUGGAGUAUUGCAUUAUUUACACUUACAGAACUGUUUCAUUUCAGUCACGUUUGGCUACAUUUUGUCAGAAAUAAAGAUUGGGCACUGCAUGUUUUUAAACGAUGGCUUACAUUAGCAUCCAUAUAUUUCUGCUUUUUUUUUUAGGCACUUUUGUGUUUGUAAGCACCAAGUCAGAGAGUCCGAGCUGUAAUAAUAACGUUAACAUUAUUUAUAAGUUUAAAAACUGGUGAUUACGAUAACUCUGAUAUGACAUGAAUGCGGCGUAUCGUCAGAGACGAAUUAGCUAUGAUAACUGCUUGUACACACAUUUAUAGACUCUUGCACGUCCAAAACAAACGCACAUAAAACUCUCAGCUUUGUGGAAUAAGAUCAGAGAUUUUCAGCUGAGAAAAACUUACUGUACAUUUGAGGAAAAUCAAAUUCGGAAACAUGCAGAAAUUUCUCUCUUUAUUUACAUGUGCGCUUGAUGACGCUUUAGAAACUGUAAAACCGCUGAUCGUUGAAUAACAUGCAGGACUCCUACAGGUUGUAAAGAUUCACAUUUUUAGUUUUUAAUAGUUCUGUGUGUGUUUUUACACCUUUUAAGAUUUAGUAAAACUGUUUGGAAAGACAAAAAUAAGCUUCAUCUGUAGACGUACGGCAGAAAUGGCAGAGACGAGCCUGUAAAUGAUUUUGUGAACUGAAUCUGUGUAUAUCUGCGACUCCUCUGCUUUGGACAGUCACAUCUUUAUACUCUUAACUUUGUUUGGGAAGAAGCAAAGCCGAGGAGGAGAAAAACAAAAAAAAAAGAACUAAAUGGCCGUCAAAAUGAUAAAAGCUGCUGUACUCUGUUCACGCUGCAGGAAAUCUGCCGGACUGAGCGGUUUAUUUACUGACGCGCUGCAAAAGACUUUUAUACCUGAAACGGGACGACUUGUGAUGUGUUUGCAUGACGUGUGAACUGAUCUCCUCUUCUUCUUCUUCUCCUGCCUGUUUGCAUGUAGAUCAGGUUUUAUUAAAGCUCUUUAAAGCUUUAUUAAAGGUCUUUUUUUCAAAGCUCGAGUUUACCAGACUGGUCUCAAAAUUUAAUGAAAUGAGUGAAAUGUCUUGCAAAUGCAAAUAAUCUGCUCUGUGCAUGCAAGAGUAUGUGAUUAUUACUGGUUCAGUUUGACUACGUGCACUGAAAAUACACCAUUUUCUGUGAGGUAGAAUAUUAGAAUUUUUAUACAGUUAUACAACUAAAUAAAUACGAUUUUGGUGCAUGUUCAGUAGAUAGAAUAUAGCUACUUUCAAUAGAAGUUUAACCCUUAAACACGAUUGUUUAUUUAGCUGUAAUAGUUUCAUAUUUUAAACAUGUGAAAAUGGUGUCAGGGUUGUGUUAUUAUCAGAUCAUGUAUUUCGCGGUGAGGAUACGUAAUCUUAACAUAAUUUGUCUUGUAUUUAUUUAGUUUUGCAUUUCAGAGUUUUAGCUCAUUUCAUGAAAUUCAGUGAGACCGUGUUGUGUUUACAUGUUAAUAAUGGUGAUAAAUAAAACAUUUCAAGCACGUAGAUGUUGCCAAUAAAAGGUUUAAACAUGGAAAUGACUAAAAAAAAAAUAUAUAUAUAUACUGUAAUCAUUAAGGUUUUUAAUUCGCCUGGCACUCGGUCUGUAUGUGUUUUUUUCCCCCCCUCUUUUUCUUUGGGUUGAUGAUAUUUUGUUAUAAACAGUUGGUGUCAAAGCUUUCUUCUUGUUUAGCUUCAGGUCGGUGCUGAAAUGUCUUCUGUUGGUUUAAAGGGACGUUUGUGAUGGAUUCAGUCUUAGAUUUUUACUCCUGUUUUCAUCUCUGCUGCAUCACUGAAACUUCAUACAUGGAAAAAUGAGAAAUAAACUGUUUGAAAGUUGUUACA